UCUCUCUUUUGUUGAUUUCGGCCGCCCCUCAAAACCCUUCCCCUCGCCUGUUGCCAGUUGCCACACCGGAGCACCAAAUCUACCAGCGGUUGCAAGCUCCAAGCCCAGCGCGGAUCACACCUGCGCUUCCAAUCUCGGCGAGGGAAUCGGAGAUGCAGCAGGGGGACGGCACGGAGGCGCAGGUGACGUGGGAGGACCAGCAGAACAUCAACCGCUUCGGCCGCCUCAACAACCGACUCCACGAGCUCCACGACGAGAUCAAGCUCGCCAAGGAGGCAGAUGAAAACCUUGACGACGCUGGGAAUGAACUCAUCUUGUCAGAUGAAGAUGUGGUACGCUUCCAAAUUGGAGAAGUGUUUGCUCACAUGCCAAGAGAUGACGUCGAGACUAGGCUGGAGCAGAUGAAAGAGGAUGCAGCUAAGAAGCUGGAGAGGCUAGAGGAGGAGAAGGAAUCCAUCCUCAGCCUGAUGGCUCAGCUGAAGAAGAUACUGUAUGGGAAGUUCAAGGAUGCCAUCAACUUGGAGGAAGAUUAAUAACAGCGAGUUCAAUUGCUUGGUGUCCUUUCUAUGUCUGGAUCUGUUUUUGUUCUUCUGCCCCCCACUAUGGCAUGUUUGGCAUAGCUUAUGUUUCUGUACGAUCCGUUGUCUGGAGAAUCUUGUGAAAAACAGAUUUUGCUUCUCUGGAUUAUGUAGUUUAUUCUCAGAAUCUGCUUACUGAUAAUCUGUUGUAGACAAUCUUACCGUUCAGCACAGUUUCUACGGAAUCCACAAGCAGAAGCUGUACCAAACAAGAUCUAUAGUGAUCAUGUGAUGCUGGAUGGAGAGUUUCAAUUUUUAAA